CAUUGUGUAUUUGUCACGUUGACGAGGAGUUAAUUAGCCUUGUCCAUCAUUGGAAACGACGUUUCCGUGAAAAACUAUGAAACAUCAAGGAUCUCCAUAUUCGAUCGAGAUCUUUGUGAACAUAAAAAUGAACCUAGUGUCCACAGUUUUAAUAAUUUCGUCUUUAUAUUUGCAAACAUUAUCAAUCGUUUUAUGUGAUCGUUGCUGUAGGAUCAAUUCUCGUAAAUUACCAGACUACAAACUAAUCAGAUCCAAUGUUCGUUCGAACCAAUUAAUACUGUCGAGGACAACUGUUCGAAAUAUCAACGAAUGCAAACAAUUUUCAUCGGCCAAGAAAGCUUUGGCAUUUAAUUACGGUUUAGAAACUGAUCAUCGUGAGUGGAAUGUCGACGCAGAGAAUAAAAGUGGUCGAAGGAUUGUGUGCCAAGCUCUUCAGUGCCCGGAGAUUCAUAAAUUCACCAGCUUCGUACCAGACAAGAAUUACAAAUACUAUAGCAUGUAUUCGAGUCAUAUUUCUACUGGCGGCGAUUUUUCACUGGUGUGCAUCCCUAGGACAGGAGUAUUCCUGUUUUCGAACAACGAUUUGAGUUACAGCCAAGCACAAAUUUCUUGCCAAAAAAUGAACGCCUCGAUCGCACAUAUAAUUAGCGAGCAACGUACAAACGAACUUGCAAAAUAUAUUUUGCAAAAUACAUCCACGUUCAUUGGGCUAAGCAACCGCGACCACGAGAACAUUUGGAAAAACGAGUUUGGCGAACCACUUGCUUGUUUUAAAUACAGAGCAUGGGCAGAAGGAGAACCCUCGCACUGGAAAGGAUGCGUUGGUCUCUUUCGACCAUCUGAAUCGAGAUCUGGUCCAUUUUGGAAAGUACUGUCUUGUGAUAGCACAUUGCCCUUUAUUUGUGAAAUUCCACCGAUGUAAUUAUACUUUUACACAAUCAAAAAUAUAAAAUCACACUGCGAACUUGUGUACUGCGUUCAAAACUGUUCGAAUAAAGAAAUUUAA